UGUGACUGACGGGGUUCUUCCCUUUUGUGUGCCACCUGUGCGGCUGUGCCAUCCCGUGGUCACAACUGACCAUGUAUCACCCUCCGGCUUCCUUCCCGCCAAGGCGACGGAGUAUGUGUUCACGGAUAUGCAGAGUCCUGAGCGUCAUGAUCACGCCCAGUCCUGUUACUCCACCACACACAAGAGAGCCAACGCCCUCCUGCAGUGGUUCGACACGGUGAUCAACACGACCAUCAUGAAGGACCUGAACGACAUUAACGCCAAGGUGAAGGGUAAGACGCUGGAGCUGAGGCGGGAGAGAGUCCGUCUCAUCCAGGAGAAGGUGCGGGAGUUAUGGGGGACGGACAUAGAGCUGGACUCAACACUACGGAUGCAGGACGUAGAUGUGGAGCAGAUGGCCCGAGGCAUGUUGACUGACGGCCAGGUGGUGAAGCUCGACGGUGGUGACCUGGAGAGUCAGAGGGCUGGUACUCCUCCUUUGUUGAGUGAGGAUGAGUUGGCACCUAUGCCCUCAAACAACGUCAUCUUCGGCAACAUGUACGACCACUACCAGA